AGCUUUUUGAGACAGCCUUUAUUAGACAGGCCUUCACAGCCAUUGGUAGCUGGCGACGAUGCUCCGCGUCAGCUACGCCAGGCACGCCCGCUUCCAGCCGUACGCGAUGGCGGUGCAGACACGCUUUAAGUGGCGACACAAGGAAACUGAUCGGUGGCGGCGGCUGAUGGACGCGACGUGCUUUCAGGUCGACUGGAUGGGGCAAACACGCGGGCCGAACUUCACGCAGUAUGGCGGGCACUGGACGCACAUUUUAACCUGCGCCCACGUCAUCACACCGUGGGAUUACCCAAACUACUAUUCACCGAAAGGACCCACCCGCUUCGUCUCGCAUAUCACGUUGGCUGACACUAUGACACAGGUACGCCUCGUCUCCGUGCAAGGAAACGCCGUGUACAAGCACUUCACUUCCAAUCAGCACGUCUACGUGCACUCCAACCCGCGGCUGGACUUGUGCGUCGUCCACCCCGAGCAAAACCUCAAGCGCAGUGGCGAGAUGAAGAUGAUGUGGAUGCAAAACGAGGGCUACAUCAUGCGGCCGCGGCUUGAAAUUAACGCGAAGUUGCAGGUGGGCGACUACGUCUGGGUGUACGGCAUGACGGCGCACGAGUCCCUCUUUGACGAGGAGAAGGGCCCCGAGCCGCUCAUGAUCCCGACCGGGGUGCGGGCCCGCGUGCAGGCCGUCACCCGCGAGCACUUCUUUAUCGACACUACAUCGCUCGAGGAGGACGCUGACCGCGGGCGGAUUCAAAUGGGCAUGUGCGGCUCCGUCGUGAUGCGCAACGGCAAAUGUGUCGGCAUGCUGACCGCCACGGUGCACGAGGAGAGCGACUGCAAAGAGCUCGCCGGCACGGCUAUGUGCACCUACUCGGCGGACAUCUUCGAGUUCUUGUUGGAGGUGGAGAAGCAGAUGAAGAACCCCAUUGCCCGGCAGAACCAGGAGGAAACACGGUUCGAGGCGAGCCGACGGGCGGAGGGCAGGGAGCCGGCGGAGCACCGAGACUGGGAGCUGGACGAGACGCGCAACGCCCGCCACAUCCCGGUGCCGAUCUCGCUGUGGCACAUGGAGGAGAAGUGGGUAACAGAGGAGGACUACAUGACGAGCGCGGUCUUUGGCCGCAGCGGUGCCUUCAACCAGGAGACGCAGGAGAGCGUGCUGGGCUACGACAUGAACAGCGCCAAGACGCACGGCGACCGACCAGGUGACAUCGACGCCUUCGCGACGGGCUCGUCAACAGGCAAGCCCGUCAUGCAAGGUGAACGGAGGGACAACAGUCCCACCGGCGUGUACGCGGACCCCGAGGACUUCAAAAACAAGGAUGUGUGGGACUACAGCAUCAGUUCCGAAAUGCGCUCCCUCUUUAACGAGACGGUGGACAGCAAGGAUGCGGAGAGCCUCAACAUGAUGCGCAAGUCGCUUGAGAACAUCCGGGCGCAGCGGGCCAUGGAUAAGAUGAAGGAAUCAGCGAUGAACCGGACAAACCCAGACUUCGACCCAAUGAAAGGCUCCGGCCACUACGGUGGCAACGCGGACGCCGGCGCCGAUAACUUCAAUCCCGAAUACGCCUCCGCGAGCUACAGCGGACAGAGCACCUACAGCUACGAUGACCAGACGCGUCACGAUGCGGCUGCCGCGCAGCAGGCGGAGGACGAGAAGCCAAGCCAUUAUUCUGGCGAGCGGGCACCGAAUACGGCUUCUGCCCGACGGUCGUCUGCGCAGACGUCGCCGCCACCGCCGUCGAAUGAGUCCCCGAUCGAGCGCAAGAAGCGCGAGCGGCGCGAAGCGGAGGCAAAGUAUCAGGACGACCUCCGCCGCCGUCACGGUCAGCGCGCCGUUCCGUUCGGCGACGUUGAUCUUGGCGGGGUAUGGGAGCGUCAUUGA